UAUGAGAGUGUACGGAAUUGUACCGGUGGACUAGAAACUCCCGCCAUUUCAACAAGGAAUUAACCUCUUGAUUGAUUCAAGUUACUUUUUUGCACCACUUGCUUAUUCUUUCCUGAUAACAAGAAGCUCCAACUGUACGAACAUUCAGCAAAUACAGUUGAUUUGACGCGAACAGGCCUAGUUAGUUGCAAAGACUUGGGAUUGUACAGCGCGCCAGACCUCCUGCUGAACUGAGCUUUGGCUGUUGCCGCGAGUUUGAUUUCGGUGCGGUUUGCAAUCCUUUCAUGUUCAUCCGGAGGAGCUAAAAGUUUACUAACUCUACAGAGAGUCAAGUCCUGCUUCUGUUUUACAUCUUUGCGUGAAACCAGCAUGGCACCGCUACUGGGGGAGAAAAGAAGGAUGAGAUGAGGCGGAUGGCAAGACGCGCACUGUUAUUGUUUUGCAACGAGAUAGCAAUCCAGCCUGCUAGCUAGUCAGCUAGCUGCUACACGUUGAGUGCCGGGCCUGCCGGCGGUAACCCGACAAUAUUUGGGACACCUGCAUACAUGUUAAGGUCAUAUUAUUGUAAAUCAUUGUGCUAGUAUAUUGCUAGAAGAUACAACUGUACCGUUGGCACCCGUGCCAUCUGUGGAUUUGAAAUGGCACCGCUUUUAGGCCGGAAACCUUACCCACUGGCUAAGCCGCUAGCCGAGCCACCAGGCCCGGGAGAGGAGGUCUACAUCAUCGAGCGCACCAAGGAGGCCUUCAGGAACAAAGAAGAGUAUGAGGCACGCUUGAAGAGGUAUGAUGAGCGCAUCUGGACAUGCAAGAGCACCGGAAGCAGUCAGCUCACACACAAGGAAGCAUGGGAGGAAGAACAAGAAGUCACCGAACUGCUUGACGAGGAGUAUCCCAAGUGGUUUGAAAAGCCCGUCCUGGAGAUGGUCCACCACAACACGGUGUCUUUAGACAAACUGGUUGAAAAGGCCUGGGUGGAAAUCCUCACCAAGUAUGCAGUGGAUGAAGAGUGUGACUUUCUGGUCGGGAAGGACAAAAGUUUGCAAGUGAAGGUGGUGAAGAUUCAUCCUCUAGAUAACCCAGAGGGGGAGACAGGGGAGAAGAAGCUCGAAGGGGCCUGCGACUCUCCAUCCAGCGACAAGGAGAAUGCAAGUCAGGAGAACCAGAGGAAGGAACCUCCUCCCAGAGAGGAGGAGAACAGGAGGGAGACUCUCAGUGACAGAGCACGACGUUCACCAAGGAAACUUCCCACGGCCAUGAAGGAAGAGAGGAAGAGAUGGGUGAUGCCCAAAUUCCUUCCUCACAAAUAUGACGUAAAGCUCAUCAAUGAGGAUAAGGUGAUCAGCGAUGUCCCAGCAGACAGUCUUUUCAGAACGGAGCGCCCUCCAACCAAGGAGAUCAUGCGCUACUUCAUCAGGCACUAUGCUCUGAGGCUGGGUAUGGGAGAGAGUGCUCCCUGGGUGGUUGAAGACGAGCUGGUUAAAAAAUUUAACCUGCCAAGCAAAUUCAGUGACUUUCUUCUUGAUCCACACAAGUUUUUAGCAGAGAAUCCCUCUGCAAAGCGUAAGAGCUUGUCGUCUCCAGAGAGUAAACCUAGCAAGAGGCUCAAGGGCUCUGACACACCUGGAGAGGAUUCAGGGAAUGAGAAAGGAGAGAAGAAAAGGAAGAAGAAGAAAGACUCUUUAGGCAUGCCCCUCAGUCCGACCAUUUGGGGCCACAUGCAGAAAAUACAAAUGAAUGGCUCCCCACUAAAGGUAAAGAAUUCAGGGACUCCAAAGAAAGGAGAAGGCAAAGGAUCGGCUCCCUCAACUCCAAAAUCAGGCAAAAAGUCCGGGGACAAGAAAGAAGGAAAGAAAACUGGAAAGAGCGGCGAUAAGAAGCUCAACGUUCUCAAAGCUUUUAAAAAGGACGGCAAAGGUGGUCCCAAAACCCCAAAGAUGAAGCAGAUGACUCUGCUGCAUCUAGCUAAGAGCACUCCAGCGGGGAGCCCGAAGAAGAGAUCCCGUAGUACUGGCAUGGGUACACCGAAACUGGGGAAGCCACUGCACCCCAUGGCUCUCCACCUCCUUCGUUACUAUAAGGAGCACAAAGGCAAGGAGGACAAAAAGACCUCCCUUUCCUCCCUCAUCUCCAAGGCCGCAAAGACCUUGUCGCCAGACGACCAGAGCAGGCUGCCAGAGGAGCUCAGGGAGCUGGUGCAGAAACGCUGGGUGCUACUGGAGCAAAAAAAGCGCUGGGCGGCCAUGAGCGAAGAGGAAAAGAAGGAAGAGAUGAAGAAAAAGCGAGAGGAAGUCAAAGAAAAACUUCGAGAAAAAGCCAAGGAGAGACGCGAGAAGGAGAUGCUGGUCCGGCGGGAACAAUCACGCAGAUACGAGGACCAGGAGAUCGAAGGUGGAAAGACACUGCCAACGUUCAAGCUCGUAGACAUGCCUGAAGGAUUGCCCAACACCCUGUUCGGUAGUGUGGCUAUGGUUGUGGAUUUCCUUCAGUGCUAUGCAGGGCUGCUUAUGCCAGAGGACCAGUAUCCCAUCACAGCAGUGGCCCUGAUGGAAGCACUGGCCGGGGAACGCUCGGGCUUCCUCUACCUGAACCGCGUGCUGGUGGUGCUGCUCCAGACGCUGCUGCAGGACGAGCUGGCAGAAGGUUACAGCGAGCUCGACAUGCCCUUAUCUGAGAUUCCCCUCACCAUGCACUCAGUGUCCGAGUUGGCACGGCUGUGCCUGCGACCAUGCGACGCCCAAGGCGAGGGGAGCAACCAGGGCUCUUUGGAUACUGGGGCUUUGGGGGGCUUUGAUGACGUGGUCACCAGCGAGUUCUUGGAAAAGCUCGAGACAAUCGAGGUGUUUGAGCUGAGCUCCGAGGAGAAGGUCAGCCUGCUGGUGGCAUUGUGCCACCGCAUACUCAUGACGUACUCGGUCGAAGACCACGUCGACGCAAUGCAGCAACGGUCAGCUGAGGUGUGGAAGGAGCGCCUGGCCAUGUUGAAGGAGGUCAAUGAUCGCAAGCGGGCGGAGAAGCAGAUGCGAAAGGAGAUGGAGGGAAAAGGAGAGAAAAAGAAAGAGGGGAGUGCUAAGAAGGAGAUCAAAAAAGAAGUAAAGGUGGAGCCAAAGCUGGAGCCAAAGCCGGAGCCCGAGGACAUGAUCAGCUCACUGAAGAGCCGGCGGCUGAUGUCCAUGCAGGCCAAGAAGGACAAGGAGGAGAUGGACAGACAGAACAAAGAGCGCAUGGAGAAGGAGGCUGAGGAGGAGCGGAUGCGCAGACAGCGGGCUGCUGUAGAACGGGCCUUUCAGGACGGUAUCACCAAAGCCAGACUGGUCAUGCGCAGGAGCCCUCUGGGUACCGACAGAAACCAUAACAGGUACUGGCUCUUCUCUGACGUGGUUCCCGGUCUGUACAUUGAGAAGGGCUGGGUGCAUGAGAGCAUCGACUACAGCUUUACCCCUCCACCUGAGGACAAACCAGCUGAAGCUGCUGAGCCGGCAGAAGCUGCUGAGGUAGAACAGGAGGAGGACGGAGAGACGGCUUCCAAUCAUGACUCACAAGGAGCUGAAAAGGAUGAUGGCAGCAUCGAUGGUGUUAUUAGUGAGGGAGUCCAGCAGGGGGCAGUGGCGGACAUCUGUAUAGAGACUACUAUUCCCAACCAGGGGCAGAACCUCUGGUUUGUGUGUGAAAACCCGGCCGAGCUGGAGGAACUGGUGGAAAGUCUUCAUCCUCAGGGUGUUCGAGAGAGUGAACUGAAGGCCAAGAUACAAAACAGGUACCAGGACAUCCUCCACUCUGUCCACCUGACGCGUAAGAGCAAACCGGGCCUCAGGACCUGCGAUGGCUUCGUAGAGCUGCUCAACUACCUGCGCAGUGACAUCCAGGAGAUAGCCUCAAGACUCCAGAAGGGAGGCCUGGGAUACCUGGAGGACAACGUAGACAUCGAAGAUCAGAUGAAAGACAUGGAGAACUUGAAAGAGUUUGGCGAGAUCAUCAUCACCAUCCAGGCCUGUGUGAUCAAGAAGUUCCUGCAGGGAUUCAUGGCCCCCAAGCAGAAGAAGAAGAAAAAGCAAGCAGGAGAGGAAAGCAGCAAAGCAGAGGAGGUGGACGAUGAGAAGAAGCUGGCAGAAGAGGCCAGGGUGGCGACAGCGGUGGAAAAGUGGAAGACAGCUAUCCGAGAGGCCCAGACCUUCUCCCGCAUGCACGUCCUGCUGGGAAUGUUGGACUCUUGCAUAAAGUGGGACAUGUCCGCCGAGAACGCUCGCUGCAAAGUUUGUCGCAGGAAAGGUGACGAUGAGAAGCUGAUCCUCUGUGACGAGUGCAACAAGGCCUUCCAUCUGUUCUGUCUGCGCCCGGCUCUGUACCGCAUCCCUGCCGGAGAGUGGCUGUGCCCGGCCUGCCAGCCCACUGUGGCCCGACGAGGCUCCCGCUCAAGGAACUACAACCAAGACACAGAUGAAGAGGAGGAUGAGGAAGAGUCAGAAGAGGAGGACUCUGAGGAAGAAGAAGAGGACGAGGAGGAGAAUGACUACAAAGCCAUGGGCCACAGCUUGAGACCACGGAAGAAAAAUAAGCAGUCUUCGUCUCGGCAGAAAAGCUCAAAAAGCAAACCUAAGAAGCAGUCGUCUUCCAGUACUCCGACCAGCAAACCCAGGCAGGGCCCCACCAGCCCCGCAGACAUCGAGGAACUGGUGAGACAGACUUCUCAGACAGGAGUGCGCAGGCAGGCGCUGGAGCUGGAGAGGUGCGAGGAAAUCCUCAAGAAGCUCAUGAAAUUCCGCUACAGCUGGCCUUUCAGGGAGCCGGUGUCACAAGAGGAGGCGGAGGACUACCUGGACAUCAUCACCCAGCCUAUGGAUUUCCAGACGAUGCUGGAAAAGUUCAGCCAGGGUUCGUAUCGUAACGCCCAGGAGUUCAUGGAAGACCUGAAGCUGGUGUUCUCCAACGCAGAGGAAUACAACCAGCAGGGCAGCAGCGUGCUCUCCGCCAUGGUGAAGACGGAGCAGUCGUUCACCGAGCUGCUCCAAAAGCUGCUGCCCGGCCUCAGCUACCUCCGCCGCCGCUCGCGCAAACGAGUCAGCCAAGCUGCUGCAACGUCUGAGGAGGAGGAGGAGGAGGAGGAAGAGGAGGAUGAAGAAGAGGAUGAGCAACCACCACUGAAGAAGAAGAUGCAGAAUGGCAAAUCGAACACGAAGAAAAGCCGAAAUGUGCGAGGGCGGCAGGACGAGGAGAGCGAGAGUGACGAUGAGGAUGAUGAUGGCAGGAGGAGAAGUAAGCGGACCUCCGGCUCCUCGAGGAGGAAGGAUUACAGGGAGCAGGAUAGCGAUGGCGAGCGGGACACACGGAAAAAUCGUCAGCGGGGGGGCCGGGGGGAUGCCGGGGUUGCGAGCAGCGACGAAGAGCGGUCCAGCCGGCAGCGACAUUCCAAGAGACAGAAACGCUCCUGAAGUCCAGGGUGCUUUUCAUUUCCCACUGUCUCUCUUUGCUUUAAAAAGUCUGUCCGACUCUUCUAGAAAUGAUCAAGAGCCCUCCUCUUCCUCACAGCCAGCGGGACUUAAACCUCAGAAGGACUUUUUUGUGUUAUUGAAUUUGUUCAUAUUUUGAAAAGCAAAAGAAAACUGAUUUAUAUUUGUAACAUGUUUAAUAUUGGAGAUCUUUUGUUCAUUUCCAACCGAUAAAAAUGAGACGCUUGAGAUAUUGGAUGGGUCCUCGUAGCUCUUAAGACUCUUUUUGAUUUGAAUUUCAUUUCCAAGUUGAAACCUCACACACAAGUGUAAUUUGACUUAAAUGUUGUCGGUGUAUUAGAUGGUGUCCCUGUAGCAGGAACCCUCUGGGAAAUCUUUUCAGUUUCAAAACAGCGCUGAUGUCUAAAUGACUUCUGAAUUUGUCCUUUCACCUGUAAAUCGCCCGUACUGCUAAGCAUCUUGACACCAAGAUUGUCAAAUGCCAGUCUGUAGAUAAACAUGGUAGUUUUUUUGUUUUUUUUACUAGUUUUAGAAUAUUUUUUCCCAGGUGCAGGUUUAUUGUAAACAGCUGGGUCGAGACUGCAGGUCACGUGCAGGCGCAUCUCUUAAGAGCUAAAUGUUUAAAUCUCAGCUCUUGUUGCCAAGAUAUUUCGUAAAACAGGGAUCCGACUUUACAUUUUUUGUGGUGUAGAGCUGACCAGCCUUUCCUCCUCUGUAGUGCCCUGCCACUUUAAAAGAACCGGUACCUCAAUGCUCCGUCAGUUUGCACUCCUCCUGUGUAAAGCUCACCUAUUAUGCCAGCAGCUGUAGGACCAGACUUUAUAAAAAAAAAAAUGAUGUGCAUAAACAUUUGUAAACAGUGUUUAAAAACAACAAGUGUGACGUUUGUUAAGAAAAUGGGCAUUUUUGAAUAUUUGAUAUUUUUUGCACAUUUUAUUUGGUAUUGUGAAUGAUAACUUGUUCUUAAUCACAUUCAAUAAAAGACAAGGUUAAAUCACAUCUCUCCUAUUCAAUGCAGAGAACAUUUUAUUUUUCAUUGUCGCAGCAGAAUAGUCACUUGUACAUUUAUUUCUAACAAACACCUGAAGUCACUCAUUUGAAUGGAUUUAGGGAAUUAAAAGUGUCUAAAACGGCUCAUUGGAGGCAAAUGAACCUGACCUGGUUCAGCCACCAGAUGGUGCUCCACUCCUGCUCUCUGAAUACUCAGAUACUUUGUAAUUCAGUUAGGGCCGUUAGCCCACUGCUGUUACUCACUGCUGUGUGUGUGCACUGGGCAUCAGAGGACAGGGGGAGCUUUAUAGUGCUGCUGUAACUGGCUCUACAAGUCAUUUGGUAAUCACCUCUACACAACGCAAGGAUUCGGGACGAGGAUACCAGCAGUGUAUUCACAUGUAUACUGAUAAGGCAGCGGUUGGUUUGCCCUCUUCUCUCUGUACCGUGCUGUGCUGUUCCCCUGUUUGUUCUUCACAACCUCUGCUGAUUUCAUUUGGCCACUGAUUGUCUCCCCCCCCCCCCCCCCCCAUUUUUUUAAUUUGGAUUUGUUUUGUCGUGAUUAAUAAUUGUAAACAUCACCGUUGUAAUUGUCAUUUCAACAAACAAACUGCCCCUCUCAAGUGGAGACCUGACUGUAAAUGCUUUCUUUGUUCUUGGAGGAACUGCAAAAGGGUCUUUAACACUUCCUUUUUUUAUAUAUAUAUAUUUAUAGUCUUUAAAGCUGGGUUUGGGCAGGUUCAAAGGAUUCACAUGUAAAGAAUUUUCAAUAAAGGCUAUGGACGAA